CCUCCGGCACGGGAGUCUAAGCGCCCGGAAAUUUGACAACAAGAAGUCCGCCAGAAUUUCCUUCUUUUUCUUCGGGAUUUCUAGGAUUUUCUGGACUAAAAACAUCUUACUUUAUCCUAUGGAAUGGCAGGGAAUUUUUGGCAGAGCGCACACUUCCAACAAUGGCUCCUCGACAGUCAGGACUUGAUACAAGAGCGCCAGGCUGACCUAGAGGUGCUGUCUGAAGAAGAGUACAUGAAGAUUAUGACCUUCUUUGCUAACUUUAUUCAGCAACUUGGUGAAUCACUCAAGCUUAAACAACAGGUCAUCGCAACUGCCACAUGCUUCCUUAAAAGAUUCUACGCAAGAAAUUCUCUCAAGUGCAUUGACCCUCUUCUCCUCGCCCCCACCAGUGUCUUCCUCUCAUCCAAGGUUGAGGAGUUUGGGGUCAUCUCCAACAGCAGAUUAAUUUCCACUUGCCAAACUAUUGUAAAGAACAAGUUUGCUUAUGCGUACACAACAGAAUUUCCAUAUCGGACUAACCACAUUUUGGAAUGUGAGUUUUACCUCCUGGAGAGUAUGGACUGUUGUCUCAUUGUAUAUCAGCCAUACAGACCAUUGGUGCAAUACAUGCAGGACCUAGGAGGAGAAGGGGAAGUGCUGCAACUAGCUUGGAGGAUUGUAAAUGAUUCCCUUCGCACAGAUGUCUGUCUUCUGUUUCCCCCCUAUGAAAUUGCAUUAUCCUGUAUCCAUAUGGCAUGUGUCGUCCAUCAGAAGGAUUGCAAGCAGUGGUUUGCCGAAUUGAACACUGACCUGGACCGGCUCAUGGAGAUCACUAGGUACAUUCUCAACUUGUAUGAACUCUGGAAAUCAUAUGACGAGCGCAAGGAGAUCCAGGCUCUCCUCCAGAAGAUGCCUAAACCCAAUACCCAGCCUGUCCCCCGGUGAUUGAUGCAUCCUGGCUUAGGGUCAAGUUAUGGAGGAGAGACAUGUGUCAGGGAUCUGUUCCUUCCAAUAUAUAGGGUUAAGAAAUAAGAGGGUCCUAUUCUAUUUUGCGGAUGUUGAUGCAUAACAUUUUGACUCAGUGUUAUAGUAUUUUGUGGUUAUUAUAACCUCAACCAGGCUAAUUUCUUAAUUGGCUCUUUAUGUAGUGAUUUUAUUUUUAUUUUCCUAUACAGAGUGGUGUCUGGCAUUUUGUGACAAAUUUUUUAUUAUUAUUGUUAUUAUUAUUAAUUUAUUGAAACAUUGAUAAUUUUAGUUAGUCUUUUUAGAAUUGAUGCCAUGCAGGACUUUGAUGCAGAAACUUGUAUGAUUAGGUUACAUUUGAAAUAUCUUAUAAAGAAAGGAACAUUAAAAAGAUAAUAUUAAAAUGUAUAAAAUUAGAUGCAAGAGAACAUUUUAAGUUUCUAAAAGUGGUUUCAUAUUCAUAACAUAUUUCCUAAUUCCCCUUUCGCUUAUUUCUGUGUCAAGUGUGUCUAAUAAAGAACUUCAAAUAUUUACUGUAUAUGAUAUAUGCAUAAAACAAAUCCUCUCUGUCUAUAUGAAGGAUGAACUAUGAAUUUGAGUUGUUGAAUUGUAAUUUGAAAAAUUUAUUCCAUUAUGACAAAAUUUCACAGGUGUUAACAAUUUAGAACAGGAUUUCUCCGCGUGCUGAGCUAUGUGCAUAGUCAGCCACUUGGUGAAAAAUUAGGAGCAUUUGCUUACCCUAAUCUCUACACUUCUGGCUAUGGCUUACACAAUUUCUUUAGGAAGUGAUGCUGGAAGGAGAGUAUAGACAUAGUUUUAGGGCCUGUAUUUCCUCAAUGAUCUCAGUAAGGAUCAAAUUAGUGAACAAAUGUUGAGCGUAUGUAAGCUUGAGCAGGAUUGAUCACAGGUAACAUAAGUACUGGCAGCCUUGCACUUAGGCCAUGAUGUGAUGGAACAUUAUCUGGUAUAAGUAAGGUAAAUCAUAAAAAUUAUCAUAAUUACAAACUAAAACUGGUCUUCACAAUAACCAUUUUCUGUAGUUCAUAUUGAUGACAAAAAAAAAGGUAGAACUCAUUCCAACUCUACAGCACAAUUAGAAAUAGCGUGCUAUCACAUAGAAUCUGCUGUUUGUUAGUUGUAAUUCAGCAUUAAAGCAAGGCUGCAGUAAACAAUUGUCAAAUUAUAUUAUGUUUACUUCGCACAUAAGAAUUUCCAGACAUAAAAUAUAUAAAUACAUCCAUGAAAGGC